ACAGUCGUGACGGCGGGCAUAUGCCAUAAAUUUACGCGUUACUGUGUUGUUAGUUUUUUCCAAAAAUAAAAUGAAAAAAAUAUAAAAUUGGAAAUAAAUUCCAUAAAAAAGUUAAAACAUCAUGUUGAUUACUGAAAUCUCAAAGGCUAACACCCUGUCCCAGAGUGAAAAUACAAUAGUUACUGGUGCUAAUACAAUAAAUAAUGCUACCGCUACAACAACUUCAUUCACGUCGUCGUCGUCUGAUGCUCCAAAGACUGGGACACCUUUAAGGUCACGAAAUCGUGGAGACAAGCAGUCAGAGGAUAAGUCGGAAAAUGCAUCUGCUACCACCGGUAAAGGGAAGAAUCCGCCGAAGCCACCUGAAGAAUUUUAUCGAGAUUUGCAGCUAUUUCAUGAGAAAAGAGGGACAAUAAUCAGGAAUAUUCCAAGAAUAACAGGACGUGAAGUAGAUCUUCAUCGUCUAUACUGUGAAGUCACCGAACGUGGUGGAUUUUUGAAAGUAAAUUCGAGAGAUCAGUGGGACGAAGUUUUAAAAGAAUUGGGCUGGAGUGAGAAAAUCGUUAACGGCUCAGCCGGUCUUAAAUUCAUAUAUCGAAGGUAUUUAGAGAAAUAUGAACGUGUUAACUACUUUGGCGAAGAUCCAGAAAAAAUUGAUGCUAUGGAGGCUGCUGAAAUGGCCGAGUUCAUGGGUGGAAGGGGAGGAAGUAAAGGCUCAUCCCGUUACCCUUCAAGUGUUUACGGCGGAACUGGUGCAAAUCCGGCAAAUAACGUAGCUAUGACUUAUAACUACAAACAACACCAUGUUAAUAUGGAUCGUAGACGCCAAUUUAAACUUUCUACUGAUUUGCACAAGUCAUCGCCGUAUGAAAAGUUAAUGUUAUCACUAUUGUCGCCAUUGCCCAAUGAACAGGACUUCGCAAUUAAUGCCUGCACCCUAAUGGCUAAUGAGAGCAAACACACAUUGAAAGUAAACGAAUAUCCCAAACUUAUUGAUGCUUUGCUAGCCCAUACAGGUGUAUACUGCGAUUACACAAUGCGAAAAUUGUUUCAACAUGUCUAUAAUGGAGUUAGGCAGCAUUCAUUGUACGGAUUUUGGUAUGAUCUGUUGCAUGAACAACCACAAAUAUUAGACCUGUAUACCGAUGAACAAUCGUUGAGAGAUUCUGGCGUGAUAGAUGAUUGGGACGAUGGCAAGCAAGAUGUUGAUGAAGACGGCCUAUGGCAUGAUUCCAAGGAGUUGUAUUUUUUAAAUUUGCGACGUGGUUUGGGAACUUAUGAUUAUGUAGGGCAACGUGUCCUCCAAGUGGUGUCCAUUCUUCGAAACCUCAGCUUUUUUCCCGAGAAUUUGAACGUACUUGUUAAAAAUAAAACAUUAAUCAGAUUUUUGGUAAUGAGUUCCAACAUUAGAUGGAGCAAUGUACACAUACAAGCUUUGGAAAUUACCGGUAAUAUUGCAAUGGAAUUGGAUCUAGCAGACCCCACCAUAGACGACCUAAGUCGCUGUCUCAUGGCCACCAUAUGUGAUGGCAUCGAUGGAUCAGACCGUGGAGUGAUUAUAAAUUGUCUGGAAAUUCUUUAUAAACUAUGCCAACGAGAAGCAAAUGAGGAUUAUGUAUUGAAAUGUUUAAAUGCAAAAUUUUACAAUACAAUAUCGCUGUUCCUAUCACUCAACGAUAUAAUGCUUUUAAUAUUCACCUUGGAGGCAAUAUAUGCAUUAACUUGCUUGGGACCGAAAAGUUGCAAUUCCAUGAUGCAAGUACGAGGCAUUGUAGAUCAAUUAAUUUCAUUGAUUUCUGUCGAGGCACAAUCUUACGGUACCGAUGGUUGUAUACUUAUGCGUGUUGUUGAAACUGUACCCGGCAACAUGUUACCUAUGGUGGCACAAAAUAUUGCCAACUUACAGAAUGCAGUUGUGAUUCAAAAAUCCAAUAGUUCUCAUCAGGUUAUGCAUAAACCACAAAUAAUGAGUAACCAACAGCCUGUAAUGAUGGCUGAUGCUAGCAUUAAUCCCGAUGUUAUCCCUCCAUUCCAUCAUUCGCCUGGUGUAGUUGUGGCUCCAGUUGAAAAACAGCAUUUUCAACAGCAACAGCCAUCACAUGCACAGACCACAGCAAUACCUCCGUCACAAAUGUCUCCACAAAGCUUUACCCACGAGGAUGAACAAUACGCAUUAGCUUGGUUGGGGGCAACAUUUGAACGUACUCCCAGCAGCGAGUGUCACAUCGACCAACAAGAAUUGUACCGUAUGUAUCUGUCACAUUGUCAAAAGGCCGGUAAGCAUUCCGUUGUAAAUCACAUGCAAUUUCCCAAGCUGGUUAGAUUGCUAUUUAACACGGCCGUGGGCCCUGCUAUAGUACGUAAAAUGGAUGGUACAGAUUUGCCGGGUCUGCAUUAUGUUUCGAUCAGAUUACGGGCACAGCCCUUACCAUUGCAACAAAAAACCAAUUUCAUUGUUAGCGGUCCUAAUUCACCAGCUAAUAAGCAAAUAGAUAAUGCAUCGCAGGCACGCAAAAUAAAGAAGAAAAUCAAAAUAGAAACAGCAAGUACUUCCACCACAACAAGUGCAGAUGCUGCAACAGCACCUCCUGGGGUUGAAAAUGUUAAAACAACUGUUCCGACUACAGUGAGUGUUGCUUCAACGACAGGAUCUGAGGUGGGUGAAACAGCAACAACAAGCGAAGCUACGAACACCCAAUCUGUUGAUAUAAAGUGUGACGAAAAAAUGGAUAUUGAGGAAACUGAGCCGGCAACAAAAAGCGAAGAGAUGUCUGCAGUGGCGGCAACAACAAACACCUCACAGUCACAGUCUGUCGAGCCGAGUGUCGUCUUGGCAGAAGUCCAGCAGACACCACAAACACAAUCGCAAUCUCUAGCAUCGCAAACAUCACUGAUCAAAAGUUUGCUAGCAAACAAGGUAAAUCAAAGGCAACAAAAACAAAAGGAUUCCGUGGCUACCAGCAAUUGUGCUGCUACGAGUAAUGUUAGUACAACCACAACAAAUGUUAUCACCACAAACAGCAGCCCUUUGCCGCAGCCAACUGCCCCAGCAAUUACAGCCCAGCCAAUUAAAGUCCCCAGUACUGCUAUCACCGCAUUGGUAAAUAAUCCCCUAAUGCAAAAUACACCAGUUAAAGUCGGACAAACCACAAUUAAGCCGCUCAAUCCACAAUUGGCAAUGGAGAAAAAACACAUAUCUGAAUCGACACCACCGCCUUUGGCUCCAUUAAGUGGCGCAAAUGUUGCAAAAGAUGCAUCGGGUAGACCUAUAUUAUUGGCCAAUCAAAUGCUAGUUGAUAUUUUGGAUAAGAAAAUGGUAGAUCCCCCAGUGCCUGGAGGUCUAAUACAAAAACGCAAGGUGGAGGAACAAAUGCAGCCAAAUAAACGUUUGGCAGGCGAUGCAACUAGCAAUGCAUCCAUAUCUAAAGAAGAAACUCAAGUCACGCCCUCGAAAAAUGCUGCUAACUUGUAUGCCGAAAUGGCGGCAUCCAUUUUAGAGGAUGAAGAUUUAGAAGAACUCGCAGCUACACGUACUACUACAAAUGUUAAUAAAGAGCCAACGCCGUCUCUAACGCAGCCUUCGUUACUAGUACAGCAAACCACUUCAAGUGCAGGCACACUGCCACGCCAACUGGUUUUUCAGACCAAUCAACCACCGCAAUUGAAAAUUAAUCAGGGCGCUGGGCCUGUCCAAGGCCCUAUGCACCAAUUGCCUAAUGCAAUGGCAACAAUUAAGACGGAUCAAGGACUACAAACUGUUCCAGUAAUUGUACAUCAGAAGCCAUUGGUCGACAAUAGUCAGCCGCAACAAAUUAUACAGCAAGUUAUUCAGCCAACGCCCAACCAAGCCCCGACGCAGUAUGUACUGGCUACCAAUCAACAGGGUCAAACCUAUUUGGUGGCCCAGCAAGCACCACAGCCUCCGCCCCAACCGCAGCCAACACAGACCGUCUUGGUAACACAAACACCGCAACAACAGUCAACCGGAGCCAAAACAAUAAUAAUAUUGCAACAGAAUACUUUACCAGGACAGGGAUCACAACAGCAAAUUAUUACCACAACAACCCAAGGGCAGCAGCAGAAAAUGAUCAUGACAACACCGCAAGGUCAACAAGUCCUAGUAACUCAAAGACCGCAAACGCCACAACAGAUUUUCAUUAAUCCUCAAACAGGGACGGCCACUCACAUUCAACCCAGGCAAAUUAUACAAACAGCAACACCGCCCACAGUAGCGCCCACAAUUUCUACGCAACAGCCCCAACAGGGAAGCAAUCAAAUACAGGCCGGACAAAUGUCACCAUCUUUGUUAAAUCAAUUAAAUCAAAUACCGGCUACAAUAAAACUCCACCAGCCGGUACCCCAGCAAGCAACUACUAUGGUCUCUCAACCAGGUACCAUGGGGCGAAUGAACACCACCAUUAACAAGGGUGUUUCAAUUGUUCAGCAGGCCACCACACCACCCACACCUGUAGCCAUUCCCCAGUUACAACAACAUCAGUCGAUUAUACAACAACAUAUUAUAUCAGGACCAUCGGAGAAACGCCAUGUAAUUCUUGGAGCUGGAAGAGCAAUCGAAAUCAAGGAAACAGUUAUAACACAAACACAACCCCCACCGCAGCAAUGUCAGCUGAAUCCACAAACAAUAAUAACAACGCAACAUCCUCAAAUGGUAAAUUCACAACAACAACAACAAACUCAGCAGACUAUGGAAUCUGCAGCGCCACCAUCUUUGAUUGCAAGUCAAACACCAUCGCUUAUAGCAUCGAAUCAAAAUGCAAUUAAAAAGUCUACUAUAUUACCAGCAACAACACCAACGCCAACGUUGAUUAAGCCCUCACUGCCCACAGUGAAAUUGCCACCAAACAUUGGCAGUGGUGGACCACCACCGUUGGCAGCCGUAACUAGCAGCAUUGCUACGACUGCUAGUACACCAGUUACUGUUGUAAAUCCAACUACAACACCCAUUCCUACAACAUUGGAAAAGGAUAACAACAAGAAAGAUGACAUUGGAACAAAACCUGCAUUGCCGCCUGCCGCCAUCCAUUACUUCCACUAGUACGGUUCCAACCACUGGUAGCUUAAUAACACCUUCAUCAAGUACUUCGACACCAGUUGCUGGUCAAACAACAAAUACUACCAUGUCAUCGAAUUCAACCAACAAUACUAGCGCAACAGUUUCUUCCACCGCCACC